AUGAACUCUGUAUCAACACAGAAUGGACGGGGGGCUAGUCGGCCGGCUCCCUCACACAGUUAUUGGGACCGCAAUGCGCCCCCUCAGGAUACACAUCGGAGUGCGGGAUAUGGGGACUAUCCUGUACAGGGCAAUCUUCCACCUUCGCAGUAUGCUCCUGCGCCGAAUAUAAACUCGAACUUUAGUUAUCAGAUUGGACCGGCCAAUCAACAGGCCUAUCAAUCUCAGGGCCACGCUCCUGCCAUGCAACAGCGCCAACCACAAAUACCUUCGGAACAAGGUCAACCACAAUUUGGCGCUUUUAAUACUUUACCACAAGACCCAAUGGGCAUGGAUCAAACUUUCUUCCAAAUGGCACAGAAUAUGCCUUGGAUGUAUCCGGGCUUCGAUAGCGGGGCGCCAUUCCCACCCCCAUUUCCUCUCCUCCCUUUCGAUAUGAAUGCCCCACUACCCUUCCAAAACACCCGACCCAUGAGCACAAUGGCCGGUGGCACAGGACAACGGUUCACACCGGAUCCCCAAAGACAAAGAUCGCCAACACCGCCAGUCAAAGUCCCACUUCCAACAUUACAAUACACAAAUCAAGCAUCACUGAAGCCAGAGAAGACAGAAAAGCGACCACUCCUCGUCAUCCUCGAUCUCAACGGCACCCUAAUUUACCGCAAGCUGCGCAAAUUCCCACCGAAAUUUGCCAGACGCGCCGGUCUAGAUCACUUCCUAGCCAUGCUAGUCAAAAACUACAAAGUUAUGAUCUGGUCCAGCUCUCAACCUCCGACUGUAAACGCAGUCUGCGAGCAGAUCUUCCCGGGCUCCAUGCACGACGCUCUCGUCGCCCGCUGGGGACGCGACAAAUUCGGUCUCACCGCCGGCCAAUACAACAAAAAGCUCCAGGUCUAUAAGGAGCUGCACAAAGUCUGGGCAGAGGCAAAUAUCCAAGGCGCAUUCCCGGGAAACGAGCAUCUCAAAGGUCCCCCGGCCGCACCACCAAGCGACAAGCCACCACACAAGAACCGCAAGCAGAAACUUCGCGAGGCUGAGGCUGCAAAGCUUCCCGCGGGCCACCGUUGGGACCAGACCAAUACUAUCCUCAUUGAUGAUAGCAAGCUCAAAGCUUCGAGUGAGCCAUUCAAUAUCCUCGAGAUCCCGGAGUUCGCUGGUGAUCCCAAUAUCGAUGAGACGAAGCUCUUCGCUAAGGUGCUUAGUCGCCUUGAUUAUCUCGCACACCACGACGACGUGAGCAAGGUUCUCCGCGUCUGGAAUGAGCGUGUAGACAGGGGUGAGGGUAGUAUUCUGGAAUUGGAUAUUGGACUCCAUGAGGAUUCUGUCGAUAACGAGGACGGCGGGAUAAGUCUCCUCCCAAAGCAGUUGAAUGGCAGCUCUAGUGGGGAUCCCAUGACCUUCGAUGGUACUGGCGAUGGCCCUGCCCCUACAACUGCUAAGCCCAAGGUCAAGAAAAAUAAGAAGGCCAAGGCCAGAGCAAAAGCGGCCGCCGCCAAUAAUCCAACCCAAAACGCGAAACCCGCACUUGCCACUACUGCACCCAUCAAUAACCCGCCAGCCACAAAGCCAACACAACCCCAGCAGAAAACAGAAGGCCAAAAGACCAAAAUCAAAAUGUCCCGCAAAGCGCGCAAAAGAGCCAGGGAAGAAGAAAGCCUCGCCAUAAAGGCCGCCGCCGAAGCGGAGUACCGAAACAAACACGGCGUUCCUACACCGAGUGACGAAAAUGAGACUAGCAAGCAAUCUGUCGCCGGCGUCGACCCAAAAAUACCUGGUCUCGGUCUCCUUCCAGCUCAACCUGGAACAAGCCAGGAAUCCACUCGUCGCAAGCAGAAGGCAGCAACCAGAAAGGCCCUGCGGGAAGUUGAUACUCCCGCGUCGCCUACAGGGUCUCAGACCACACAGGAAAGAUAUAAUUUCCGGAGGGGGAGUGUUGAAAAUGUUUCUGGAGAUGCUUCUACUUCUGCCUCUACUUCUGGUUCUGGCUCGGCCUCUGGUCCUGAUUCGAAGACGGUCUUCGAAUCCGCCUCUGCAGCUACUCAUACCGCCAAUGCAGCAAAUAUUAUAACAACCGGGUUAUCACCUGAAUACCUCCCUCCAGACGCGGAUUUGACUGUGGGCAUGGAGUUGGAUGUUGCUGCGCACGUUCCGCCGGAAGUCGUGACUGGUUCAAGAACUAAGCAUAACCGCUCGCCGUCACCGGUUUCAUCGGUUGGGUCGAGGAAUUCAUUGCUUGAUCGGCUUGAGGAGGGACUUGGGAUUGGGGUUGCGAAGCGUUGA